AUGUUUCGACGGAGAGGGAUUCGAUCGGAGGAGGAGAUAGAGGAGGGAGGAGGGGAAGCGGGGACGGCGGAGGAGGAGACGGGGGAAGGGGAGGAGGAGGAGGGGAGGUGGGGGAGGAUGCUGCCGGAGCUGCUGGGGGAGAUCGUGAGGCGAGUGGAGGCCGGCGGGGAGCGGUGGCCGCAGAGGAAGGACUUCGUGGCGUGCGCCGGCGCCUGCCGCAGGUGGAGGGAGGCGGCUCGGGCGAUUGUCCGCCCCCCGUGUGAGACCGGCAGCAUCACCUUCCCGUCCUCCAUCAAAGAGCCUGGGCCGAGGGACUCUCCGAUCCAAUGCUUCAUUAGGAGGAACAAGAACAACUCCACCUUCUAUCUCUAUCUUGGCCUUACAGAAUCUUUUACAGAUAAGGGAAAGUUCCUUUUGGCUGCUCGACGAUUUAAGCAUGGAGCUCACACCCAGUAUAUUAUCUCGCUCGAUGCUGAUGAUCUAUCUCAAGGAAGUAAUGCAUAUAUAGGAAAAUUGAGGUCUAACUUUUUUGGCACAAAAUUUAAAAUCUACGACAGCCGGCCUCCAUACAAUGGUGCAAAGGUGUCAAGUAGCCGAGCAAGCAGGCGUGUUGCAAGCAAACAAAUCAGCCCACAGGUCCCUGCUGGUAAUUUCAUAAUCGGGCAGGUCUCCUACAAAUUUAACCUUCUCAAAAGAGGGCCUAGAAGGAUGCACUGCACUCUGCAGUGCCCAUCAGCGGCACAGGACACCACGGAGGAAGAUUCUUCAAAGCCAAAGGCACACAACCCUGGGGUAACUAUCCUGAGGAACAAAGCCCCUCGGUGGCACGAGCACCUGCAGUGCUGGUGCUUGAACUUCCAUGGCAGGGUCACGGUGGCCUCCGUCAAGAACUUUCAGCUGGUGGCAACCGCAGAUGCCAGCCAACCGUCGGGGAUCGGAGACGAGGAGACGGUGCUGCUACAAUUUGGUAAGGUUGGGGACGAUAUGUUUACCAUGGAUUUCCGUCAGCCGCUCUCAGCCUUCCAAGCAUUUGCCAUCUGCCUCACUAGCUUCGGAACGAAAUUUGCAUGCGAGUAAACUUGUUCCUAGAUGUUUCAUCCUGCAUGCUGUUGUGUUGUAGCUGCAGGGAGUGGAUUUCUCUUGCUUUAUUUUAUUUUCUCAUCAGGUGGGGUGCCUUUUUUUUUUUUUUUUUUCCUUUCUUUCUUUCUUUUGUAUAAUUCUCUCAUGCAAAAGAAUGGUCUUUGGUGGUAGAUAUACAAAUCUCUUCUUUUGUUUA